AAUAAUAUUCCAACCACUCGUUUUGACUUAGAAUUAAUUAAACAAUGAAUGAUGAAUCGGUUAAUAUUUCUUUAAGAACAUGGAAGCGUUCAGUGGAUCCUAUCAACAAGGUUGGAUAUUCUGACGGUGUUACCGACGGACAGGCUGCAACAUAUCAGAGUAGUUUUGAUACAGGUUACGAACAAGGAUUUAACUUUGGUUUCCAACUGGGACUGACAAAAGCCAGGUCACAAAUUGCUACAGAUGAAGAUGAAUUAAGGGAUCCAAGGAAGAUCAAUUGUCAGAUAUGUCUUAACAAUUGUGCAAAUGGAAACACCAUGAACUUAUUUAAUGUACAAAGAGAAAAAAACAAACAGUAUCUCACUGAUAAAACAUGAGAAUAUGAUUUUAUCAUCUGCUUUUAAAAUGUAAUCAAGAUAUGUCAUGAUAAUUAAAACAAGUAUAA